AUGACGGCGAAAGAACAGCACGAGUCACUGGCCAAGAUCUUCGCCAAAGUCGACAGCAACCAGAACCAGACGAUCGAAUACGAGGAAAUCCACCAGUGGAUGCACAAACUCGAGGACCAUAUUGUCAAACGCGAUGUUAAAAUAUCCUUUCCGAAAUUUGACAUCAACGGGAAUGGACUCGUGGAUGAAAACGAACUGCUUCAAACCUUGGGAAUAAACGAAAACGAAGUGGAGCAUGAAUCGCUCUACUUGGUCAAUGUGGAAAUCUUCCGCGCGGCCGACGAAGACAAGGAUCUUCAACUUUCAGAGCUUGAAUUUGGAGCUUUCCUUUUCCCGCGAAAUUACGAACGAACAAAGUAUCUAUUUGUCAAGGAGUUUAUCGCAGACUUGGAUUCCAACCACGACGGAAUGAUCAACUUUGAGGAAUAUUUGAUGCAAUACGACAUCGACCUGCGAAAGGAAAUUUCGGAGGAUGAGGCGCCACGUGUUGAGCUGGAGCGAAGAACGUUCUCUUUCCACGACAAGACGAAAAACGGACUUUUAGAAGGAAGCGAGCUAGAUGAGCUGGUAGAUCCGCCAGGAAUCAGCUGGUUCGACGGGGAAAUCCGCCAUUUAAUCAACACUGCCGAUUUGAACGACGACGAGGGAUGGGCUCAGCAGCCUGUGUUCAAAACCUGA